AUGACAGCAGCAAGUUGGUAUCACCGGGACAUCAGUCGUGUUGUGGCUGAGGAUUUGUUGGCCAAAGCUGGGAAGGAUGGGUGCUUCCUGGUGCGAGACAGCGAGUCCGUGUCUGGGGCGUACGCCCUUUGCCUGCUGUUCCAGAGACACGUGCACACCUAUAGGAUCCUGCCCGAUGAGGAGGGGCUGCUAUCUGUGCAGACCAUCCAGGGCAUCCAGGCCAAAUGCUUCCGCACCCUGACUGAUCUAAUAGGGGCCUACCAGCAGCCCAACAAUGGCCUGGUGAUCCCACUGCUCUACCCUGUGAACAGAGCAAGAGAGCCAGUGGAUGAGGACUCUGAUGGUGAAGAUGGCAGAGCCAGCCACCCUCCAAGCCUGGUGCCUCACAGUGGGAACAUCGCAGGCAGCACCAGUGGGUGGGUUACCGCUCAGCCAAACAAGGCCCAGAUAUCUCAGCAGCUGCAGCUGAGGCUGCAGGAGCAGGUUCACAGCAGCCCGGCCAGCGAUUUCAUGGGAUUCAUGGCCGAGUACCUCAGCCACCACUUACAGCUUGACCUGGAGGCCCUGAGGAAUGGAAACCUGCAGCUGAGACACCUGAGCACAGCCUUAGUGACCGCCUGCCGUGGGCUGCACAGUGAGAUUGACUUCACGCUGGCUGGUUUAGAGACUCUGGCCAAAGUGUUUGACCCUCCAGCUUCCCCUCGGAGCCCCGUAAGAGAGCAGGGUCUCUUGGCCAGCGAUCCAGACCUUGAACUGCUCCUCAGCAAGAUCUCCACUGUCAACCACCUGCUCUCCUCUCUAGAGAAAAAGGUGCUGAAGACACUGCAGGAGACAGUGACCAAGCACAAAUUGGCUCUUCCCAGUGUGGCUGUGGCGCACCCCCCUGCCGCCAAGCCCAUGGCUGUGCAGAACUUUGAGGUGAAAGUGGGCAAAACACAGAGGGCCUCCCUGACAGUGGACGUGGAGUCUGGGACAAUAGCCAUCACAAAGAGGGGCUGCAGCUCUCCAGAGGAGACCAUCUCUCAGGACAAAAUCUUGCAGCUGAUUAAAUACCAGAGCAUGCAGAGCAAAGUGAGGCUGGUGUAUGACAGAGACCAGCACAGAAGCCUGACCAGGGACUUCAUCUUCCAGAACGCACGGAAGCGAGAGGCCUUUUGCCAACUGCUGCAGCUCAUGAAGAUCCAGCAUUCCAACCUGGAUGAGCCAGACCUCAUUUCUGUGUAUGUUGGGACGUGGAACAUGGGCAGCGCUCCACCCCCCAGGUCCAUGGCUUCAUGGCUGACAUCAAGGGGGUUGGGACGGACUCAGGAUGAGACCACAGCUGGCAUCCCGCAUGACAUCUAUGUUAUUGGCACCCAGGAGAACUCGCUGGGGGACCGCGAAUGGGUGGAGUUCCUGCGAGCCUCUCUGAAGACCUUGAUGUCCAUAGAUUUCCGAGUGGUUGCCUUACAGUGCCUCUGGAGCAUCAAGAUUGUGGUGCUGGUGAAACCAGAGCAUGAACGCCGGAUCAGCCAUGUGAACACGUCAAGUGUGAAAACAGGAAUUGCAAACACACUAGGUAACAAAGGGGCUGUGGGCGUCUCCUUCCUUUUCAACGGGACGUCGUUUGGGUUUGUGAACUGCCACCUGGCCUCAGGGAGUGAGAAGACACACAGGCGGAACCAGAACUACAGUGACAUUCUGCGCUCUCUGGUCCUGGGUGACAAAAGACUCAGCAGCUUCGACCUCACCCUGCGCUUCACCCACCUCUUCUGGUUUGGAGACCUCAAUUACCGCCUUGAUAUGGAGGUCCAGGAUAUCUUAGCUCAUGUGAACAAAAAGGAGUUUGAGGCCCUGCUGGCCGUGGACCAGCUCACCCUGGAGCGGGAGAAGAACAAGGUGUUCCUGCGAUUUAGUGAGGAAGACAUCUCCUUCCCCCCCACAUACCGAUACGAACGGGGCUCCCGGGACAGCUACGUCUGGCAGAAGUUCAAAACCACAGGGGUGAGAAUCAACGUUCCCUCGUGGUGUGAUCGCAUCCUAUGGAAGUCACGCCCUGAGACUCAUGUGCUCUGUAACUCGUAUGGCUGCACUGAUGACAUUGUGACCAGUGACCACUCGCCCGUCUUUGCCACGUUUGAGGUGGGAGUGACGUCUCAGUUCGUGCCUAGGAAGGCUCCUGGCUCCAGCCCUGAGUCCCUGGCCUGCGUCGAGUGGGACAGCAUCGAGGUGAUUGUGAAAACAGCCAGCCGCAGCAAGUGCUACAUUGAGUUCCAUUCCUACUGCCUGGAAGAGUCUCAGCGGAGUGGGGAGAACAGCUCCCAAAGCAGCGACAUCCCGGGCUUCCUCAAACUCAGCUGGUCAGCUAAACAGCUGCCAGUGCUGAGCCCAAUCCUGUCGGACCUGGAGUACCUGCUGGACCAGCACCUGCUCCUCAGCAUCAAGGGCAUGGACAGUUGCGAGUCAUAUGGUGAGUGCUGCAUUGCCAUGAGAUCUAUGAUUGGCAGCCUGGCCCAGCAGUUUGAGACUUUCCUCUUCCACCGGGGUGAAGAAACGGGCUCCAUGCGUGGCUGGAUGAAGGUCCGAGUCCCCAAGGACAGGCGGAGCACACGCGAGAGGCUCUACGAGUGGAUCAGCUUUGAGACCGACGAGACGGAGUCCGACUUCCCGACCCUCUCCAAGCCAGCUCUGCGCGCCGUCAGGAGCCGGCCCCUCAGCCUCCCGGAUGCAGCCAGCAGUUACACCAAUCCAGCCUAUUUCAUAUUUGAGGGGGUCCCCAACACCUGGGCACAGUGUCCCAGCCUGUCUGAGCCUCCGUACAGUCCGGCCAGUGACACGCAGGCUGACAGGCACCCGGGCCAUUCUCCGUGCCGCAGGCUGCAGAGCCUGACAGGAGCACAAGCCUACUCCUCCUCCAAGGAACAGCUACAGAGAAGCCCCCACUACCCUGUGUCCGAGACCACCUCCUGUGGGCACCAGCUCAGCCUCUCUCAGAUUGGGAGGCACAAGAGGCCCAAGUCAGCCAUUCUGACGAGAGAUCCGCAGACGUCAGGUGAUUGUUCCCUCACUGCCCUGCACAUGGCCUGGUGCCUCAGUGAUGUGGACACAGAGCCCCCCAAGAGAGGAAGCUGCCUGGGCCCCAGCCAGCCAGAGGGCCGGAAGAACCUGCUGCGCCACACCCGCAGCGCACUGGAGCCACCACAGCAGAGCUGCUGGGAGGGGGCAAGGUCCCAGCGGGACACUCGCCGACUCAACCGUGCCGGAGAGUGGCCCUGUGACAGUGGUGAUCACCCCCGGAGCGUUGGCAGGUGGCUGAGUCGCUUGGGCCUGGAACAGUAUGAGGCGGGGCUGUAUGAAAAUGGCUGGGAUGAUCUGGAGUUCUUCAGAAAUAUCACUGACCAGGACCUGCUGGACGCUGGCGUGCUGAGCCCCACUCAUCGGAAGCUCAUCCAAGCCAAGCUCCACGAGAGCAGCCCCAGGAGCCCGCAGCAGGGACCCAGUCUGAAACCAAACCCAUAG